CUUUGGAGAAGCCAUAGCUUCCCUUUGGCACGAUUUCCAUAUCAGGACCAACAACCUUCGUCAUCACCCUCAGCCCUCACGCGCAGAGCACCGCCUAACCUCCAAGCUACUCGCGCACGCCGCCCUACCUCUGAGGAUAACCACCACCCCGGGGACUUACUUGUGUGUGUUGUCGUCCACCGACAUACCCAGUCAAAAUGGCGCGCAACUCGGAAAAGGCCCAGUCGAUGCUCUUCCGCUUCCGCGAGGCGCAGGCGGCGGACCUGGGCAUCAUCGACGCGGGGCGGACGCGGCGGCCGCGGAACAUCACGGAGCAGGACAGCAUCCCGGCGUGCGAGAAGUGGCGGGGACAGGUGCUCAAGGAGAUUUCGCGCAAGGUGUCGCGCAUCCAGGACCCGGCGCUGUCCGACUACCAGAUCCGCGACCUCAACGACGAGAUCAACAAGCUGAUGCGCGAGAAGCACAUGUGGGAGGUGCAGAUCCGCAACCUGGGCGGGCCCAACUACAUGCGCGCCGGCGGCAAGGUCUACGACGAGGCCGGCCGCGAGAUCCCGGGCGGGGGCAAGGGGUACCGCUACUUCGGCCGCGCCCGCGACCUCCCCGGCGUCAAGGAGCUCUUCGAGGCCGCCGCCAAGGCCCGCCAGGAGGAGGAGAAGCCGCUCGAGGAGCGCGCCGACCUCCGCCGCCAGGUCGACGCCGCCUACUACGCCUACGCCCCCGGCGAGGAGGACGACGAGCUGCUCGCCUACGAGCGCGCCAGGGAGAAGAUGGCCUUCGACGCGCUGGCCAAGGCUGGCCCGGCCGAGACGCCGCCCGGGUGGGAGCCGUUGCCGGGGGAUACGGGAGACGGGAGAGUGUGGGAAUUGCCUACGUUGGAUGAGGUCCAGCAGGAACUGAUCGAGAGGAGGAGGAGGAGGCUGCUCGACCAGUUAUAGCCCCCCCGGGUGCUGCUGUCAGUCUUCCCGUUCGAGCACAC